AUGGCUCAACAUCUUAAAAUUUUCGCCCUCAAGGAGAAGAUUGAGGCCAUGGCUGAAGAGAACAAGUUGUUGACAUGCGUCUUCCAACCAUACAUCCUUCUGCAGCUUGGAACCGGCGAAGUAUCCAAGGUUAUCAUCGCCGGUCUAACGCCCGACUGCGUCUCGGCGCUUCAUCUGAUUCUGACUGUGCAGGGCCGCAACGCGAAGAGGGUGUCCGAGGUCAUAGACAACCUGCUCCGCCAGCUCAAGUUGGAAUUUCUCCUCUGGUUCAAUUUCGCCGCUCUUAAGCGUGCCAACCAAGACACCAACCGAGAAACCCGCCCCGAGCCUGAAAACAGAGGAGUUGCUCUUGUUGAGAAUUUAGCCCUUCGCAGUGUCACAACACUGGAACUCCCUUGA